AUGGCAUCAAGGCAAUCACAAAGACGAUUAACCAAAGAAUACAAGUCAAUCCAGUUGACACCACCUCCUUAUAUCACUGCCAAACCGAACGAUGAAAACAUAUUGGAGUGGCACUAUAUCAUCACUGGACCACCCAACACCCCCUUUGAACAAGGUCAAUACCAUGGAUUAUUACGAUUUCCACAAGAAUAUCCAUUCAAGCCACCUUCGAUAUCAAUGAUUACACCUAAUGGGAGAUUUGCCUGCAAUACCCGAUUAUGUUUGUCAAUGAGUGAUUAUCAUCCUGAUACAUGGAACCCGGCAUGGAGUGUAGCGACAAUUUUAACGGGGUUGCUUAGUUUUAUGACGGGUCAGGAGUCGACAACGGGGUCGAUUACGACGUCAGAUAAUGUGAAGCGGAAGUUGGCUCGUGAUAGUAAAAAAUGGAAUAUAAAAGAGGAUCCAAGGUUUGUUAAGCAGUUUCCUGAUGUGGUGAAGCAGAAUAAGUUGGAAAUUGCUCGUGCUGAAGAAGAAGAAGCGGAGAAGAAGAGACAAAGAGCAUUAGCAAGCAAUGGUGGUGGAAAUGGUGAUGGUACCGAAAGGGCUAUUGAUUUAUCACAGUUGGAUAACUUGGAUCCAGAAGAUCGUGCAAGGAUAUUGAUUGAACACGAGAGACAUUUGUCUGUUGUUAAUAAAAAUAACAACCGUAAGGGAGUCAAUGGUGGUGAUGGUGCUGGUGCUGGUGCUGGUGCUGGUGGUAGCUUUGGCAGUUUGACUGCAUUGUUUGGUAUUUUGGUUGCUGCUUUUGUUGCUGCUUAUUUUGGCAUCAUGAAGACGGGUUGA